AUGGCUGCGCCGCCGACCGCCGGCGCGCUCCCUCCGCCUCCUGCUCCUUCUCUUCCUCAGGCAGCGGACACAGGGAGCCGCGAUCGGCGGCGGCGGCGGCACCGCGCCCGGCCCGGCCUCCCGGGGCUGCGGAGCGAGGGGCGGGACAGGGCGCAGGGCCGGAGGGUCUCCCGUGCCUCUUCCUCCUGCUCCUCCUCGCCGCCGCCGUGUUACACAGACAUCGAGAGAGACGACAGGGGCAGCCACCGCCCCGCCGCAACUUCAGCGUCCCGGGGCAGGAUCCAGGAUCCAGCCACCGCCCCGCGCCGGUGGCACCUCCUCCGCGCCGCCGGGAACCUCCCGCUGGGCAGGGCCGCGGAUGGCUCACUCCCGCCCGCCCCUCCGAGCUCGGGGUCGGCUGCCGCGGCUCCCUGGUCGCUCCUUUCCUUUCUUCCUCCUCCCCCUGUGCCGGGAGGAGGGGAUCGGCAGCACUUCUUUUUUCCACUUCCUCACCUUCCCCUCCGCGAGGAGUGGCGGGGCAGGGUUCUGGCCCCGAGGCUGGGGCCGUGGCCCGGGGCCGGGUCCAUUCCCUGCCGGCUAGUGAGAUUAGUAAAUGGCAGGUUCUGGAGUGGGAUCACUGCUGUGUUGUCUAGCCCCAGUGAUCUUCCACUGCAGAGAAAUAUUCCCCCUAGUGUGUCUUGGCUGAAGGGAGCCGACGAUCCCAAUGACAAUGCUACAGUUCAUCUAGGUUGUUUCCUGAAGACUAACAAUAUCCCGGUUCACUCAUCAGGCCAUCACCUUGUCCACAAGGUCAUCCAAGAGGCAGCAAAAGGCUUUUCAGUGAUGUGGACUAACUCACAGACUAACUGCCUUCCCACAUAUAAGGACAAGAAUGACUUAGACAGUUUUCAUCCUCAGGAGCAGCAUCCUCCAGUUCAGCAGGAGAAGUAG